AUGUCUUUGACACCACAAACGUCUCACUGCACUGGGAGAUGCCCGGAUCCCCAGUCCUGCACUUGUCGCAUCCCAUUACCUCAGUUCUACUAUCCACAACCUCACCCCAGUUUUUUUGCUCCAUCGGUGGUGACGCCUACUGGCCAACAUCCAGGCUGGCUUCCUCAGGCUUACGAUUUCUACCCUCUGAGUCAGUCACGCUAUCCAACUCCGACUCCUGCUCCUGCCCCAGCUCCCGUGCCACCCUCAGCAAGUUUAUCCUUUGUCAACACUUUCUCGAGCUCUUACAGCCAUCCGGGUGUUGAUGUACCUGACGAGCCUGAAGUUUUCCGAAUGGCUUUAGGUGAAUCCACUUCAGAAGUUGUCAAUACCCCUCAGUCAUCAACCGGCAGCAAGCGCAAGAAUACCACAGGAAGGGCAUCACCAUCAGUACCUGGAGUUGGACCACAACAGGUUCCAGCGCCUAACAUCACAAGCGCCCAACAGGCAGCCACCCACCCUGCACUUUCUCACACUCGCAGCGGUCCCUCGGCUUCUAGCAAGUACGCUGGGUCUCUGGCACACAACACAUCUAUGCCAAAUGGAGCUGCCGCCACGGAUGUCUGGUAUUUCAUGCGGGGCUUGCACACCAAUGAAAGGCCAGACAUGAUGCCAGCACAAGAAACUCCAUCGGAAAAUUGGCCCAAGAUUGAGGAAUUCUCUCAUCUUGGCUGUAUAAUUUGCCUGUUCUCUGAAUGGACAACAUGGAGUAACCGUGCUGGACAGUCCAAGACAAUUUGUAAUCACCUCAAGAGAAAGCACUGGAAGGUUUGGCGCGACAUUGUCAUUCUCAAGCAGCUUAAGGGAUGGAAAGAACUUGGACUUACACGAUAUGGCACUGGGAGCACUUCAGGACCAUAUGAGCGAGAACCAUUUUCACUCGAUGGGUUUUAUGAUAGGCUUGUUAGGUGGAUCGUGGUUGACGAUCAGUCUUUAGAUGUCGUCGAUUCACCUGAGCUUCGUAAUCUGCUUCUGUUUAUCAGCGUGGACUUGAAUGAGAAUGACAUUCCCCAUCGUACAAAGCUCGGGGAGCUGAUAACAGAGGGGUUCAAGAAAGCUUACUUAGCUAUGCUUCAGGACAUUGAGAUUUCCACUAUUACAGCGGAUAAUGCAGGAAACAACAACACAAUGAUGGACGAAAUGGCUGCUGAACUUCAAUCAAUGGGCAUCCAUUUUGACAAGGAGGGAAACCACAUUCGGUGCUUUCCACAUGUAAUUAACAUAGCAGUUAAGGCGGGCCUGAAGGAGUUGACCGAGAUCUCUAUCUUCGAUGCUGACCUAAUCAAUGAAACUUUUGCUGAGGUGACAAGGUCUGAGGAGCUUGAGAAUGAUGAGGAGUAUCUCAUGGCACUGCAAUCUGACAUCGUUGCCUCUGUUCGAUGUUUUGUGACGGCUUGUCGAUCCUCUGGUCAGCGUUGCGAGCAAUUUGAAAAGAUUAUCAAGAACGGGAAUGAAGCAGGUGGAUGGCCAACGAACCAAGGGCCAAUCAUACUCCAGGUCGUUGGCCUCCUCAAAGAUAUGGACAUAUGUUGGUCCUCGACAUUCAACAUGAUAGAUCGGUUUCUUGAGCAAUUUCCUAUCUCAUGUCUCUUGUGGGCUGUGCAAGAGAUCACAAAGCAAAAUGACGACCUCGCAAUCUAUUCAUUCACCGAGACAGAGAAGGCAGUCUUAAUUGACAUUCGACAAUUUCUCUACGUGUUCCAUACUGUUCAGGAGCUUGUCUCCGCUGAGAAGACCCCAACACUCUCAGUUGUGCUUCUGAUGUACGAGAAGCUUAUUGGGAUACUUCAAGACAUGUCCAAAUCAAUGCCAAAGCUCUCCCAUGCGAUUCAAGCCUCGGUCGCAAAGCUCGAGGAAUACCUCGCCAAAUCCUGCAAGACCAGGAUAUAUCACCUUGCAAUGGGCACAUAUUCCUUAAAUUUCACAUCCGCACCUCACUUACAGCCAAAUUUGUUGUAG